CUGUCAAUGUCAACUUUUUUGUUUGCAAACACGCUUUGGCUGAUAUUACAGUACGUAAAACUUAACAUUUACUCGAUUUAUUACAAGUUUUUGUGUUAUUCAAGGAUUUCUAGUGUUUGUUUAUCCAAGAUGGACUACAAAUCCAAAGAAAUUAUUCGAUCAAGUUUAUAUGAUCGAGUAAAGAAAUUAUUAGUUUCAUAUGAGUGGAGUGACUGCAGCUUCUCUAUAUCUGGUAAAGACUUCAAAGCACACAAGUUAAUAUUAGGAAUCAGUAGCCCAGUAUUUGAGGCGAUGUUUUAUGGACCACUGUCUAACAGCAACAAUGUUAUCAUCACAGACAUUGAACCGGAUACGUUCCAACUUCUACUGAAUUAUAUUUACACAGAUAAGGUUGAACUUACUUCUAUUGAGGAAGCUUUUGAACUCUUGUAUGCCUCCAGAAAAUAUCUCCUUGAACAGUUAAGUGAUAUGUGUAUUACUUAUAUUCAGAAAAAUGUUAGUAUUGAUAAUGUGACUACUAUUCUGAAUUACCCAGAAUUUAUGCAAGACAAAGAAUUGAUAUCUACAGCACUGAAAUUGUUUUGUGAACAUGCAACAUAUUUACUUGAACACAAGAUGGAAAUCAUAUCACCUUCUUGCAUGAAAACCGUUCUUAAAAGUAAUCAAAUGAACAUAAAGGAAAAAGAUCUUAUUAAAUAUGUUUUUGAAUGGACAACAUUGUAUUGUCAGCAAACCAGUACACCCAUUGACAAGAGACAUGAUCUUUUGACCAACUGUGGGCUGUUCAAGUUGCUAAGAUUUUUUACACUUUCUUUGGAUGAAUUAGAUGAAAUUACAUCUGAUGUCAACAAUAUACUUUCAACACAAGAAUCAAUAUGUAUAAAAGAAGUGAUAACAGGAUCUAAAGCCAUAGAUGAAUUCAUAGAAAGUUCAUUAGGGUCCACUACCACCCCAAGAAUGCCAUUGAAGCUGCAAUGGCACCAUUGUCACCGUAGUCCUCUAAGGUCAGUAGCUCCUAUUAUAAUAGAUUUAAACAAUUACACAGUUCAUUCCAGAAUAAGAACAAACAAGUCCAUAUUUGUAACAUCUUUGUGCAUACCAACCCAGAUGGCUCCUGUGUUUAACUUUCGCAAUGAUGCAGUAAAGACAUAUUCUGAACAAAUAUCUGUUUCUAUUAUGGAAGAAUCUGAUGAGAAAGUAAUUAAGUUCACCAAUUUUAUGAAUACAGUUGAGUAUGACUCUAUGGUUGAUAUAGAGUUGUCUGAACCUUACUUUAUAAAGAAAGAUAUAUGGCAUAAAAUUAGUUUUGUGUGGCCUGGAAAUAGACAUUUAACUUAUUCAUAUGUUGUUGAAUAUAAACACAGAUAUUAUGAAGAUCACAGAGUGACAAUUGAAUUUGAAGACUUAUUUGUUUUACCUGGAAGCAGUGGCAGCUUUCUAAGUGGACUCAAGUAUUGUUUAUAAAUGUGUUAUAGGUAUAUAAAUGUUAAUAUGCUAGAAGAUUUUAGGAUACCUAAUAUGUAAAAAAAUGUGUUAAAACCUCCAAGUAAACCAAAAAAAAUAUGUUAUGUUUAAGUUCUGUAAAUUAUAAGUAGGUAUUUUAAUAGUCUUUAAAAGCAAAAUGUUGCCAUAAAAUUUAAUGUUAUUUAACUUCUUUAUUAUUACUCCCUUAUUUUAUGAUAAAUAAAUGUAAGAAAUUGAAUCUCAAUAAUAUCAGAAAAGAUAUUUGCGGUAUUUGAUAUAAAAAACACUCCAUUUAAAUCAGGAUUUAUUAUUAUUUAUAUCUUAAGUAAAGCAAGAUGAAACCAGUAUUAUAAUGAUUAUUUUAUUUAUUAACUAAUGAUUCUAUCGCGAUCUGAGUCACGCAAUAUUCUCAGAAAAUUACCUAAAUUAGGUAGGUACUUUAUUCACUACUUAAUGUUUUUAGAUAAAAUAAAUGUUUGUACCUAUUUACUACUUCUAUACAACGGGUUCUGGAUCGAUAAAAUCACGGUGUUUACAAUCUAAUAAUAUUAGCUACCUACGUAAAUACGUCGUCGACUCCUCAACUUAUCAAUACCUAUUUAUUCAAACUGAUCAAAAACAUACCUACAUUAAACGAAGUGUCUCGAGUACAUACCACAAACAAAAAAAAACAUGUCAACUAGUUAUUGUUUUUUUGUUAGCCACUUCGUGUUGGCGACGCAAAAAAUAACGCUUGUGUGAGUUAUCGUCUUAGAUUGUAUUUAGGUAGAUUGUUAAGGAAUCUGUAUUAGCCACGAUUUUCGAAUUACUUAUCAAUAAAUUAUUGUAUUUGAA